AUGCAGCUGUGCGGCCGACAGAAGGUGGUUCAGCGCAAGAUGGUGCUACUAGGCGACGGAGCCUGUGGCAAGACCUCGGCGCUGAACGUGUUUACACGCGGCGAACCCACCAGAACUACGUCCACGGUAUUCCCCACUCCCCACUUGGCCCGAUUCACUCGGCUGAUGCGCCCAGACAUCUUCGUCGAUAGUAUACACGUUGAGCUGUCCCUAUGGGAUACGGCCGGACAGGAGGAAUUCGAUCGCUUGCGCGCCCUGUCGUAUGAGGACACCCAUGUGCUUAUGCUCUGUUUCAGUGUAAGCCAUUACUUCCCGCGUCUUAAGAUGCCACUAAUGCGCGCACAGGUCGACAGCCCAGACUCGUUUGAGAACGUCUCGUCGAAAUGGAUCGCGGAGAUCAACGAGAAUUGUCCCGGGGUGCGGGUUGUCCUGACAGCCCUGAAGUGCGAUUUGCGCAAAGAUGAGGACCUGAAUGAUAAUCCCAAUACGAUCAGCUUUGACCAGGGUCUGGCUAAGGCGAAGGAAAUCGGUGCCGUCAAGUACUUGGAAUGCUCUGCGGUGCAAAACCGUGGCAUUAGAGAGAGCUUCUAUGAAGCUGCCAAGGUUGCCCUGGAGGUUAAGCCGGCUGGGGCAUCGGCUUCUGGUUCUUCGUGUGUCAUUCAAUAA